UGAGCUCAGGAGCUGCCUCUGAGCUGAAGACUUUUUGAUCAAAGACAGUCAGUCCCCUGGUUUGUCCCUGGACACCCUUCUUAAAGUGGAAGACUGGAUUUUUCUUCUAGCUGGAAUGCCCCCCACCCCAACUCCAUACCUUAUCCCCAGAUUUCCAGAAAAGGAGUGAAGCAGAACAACACCUAACGUCGGGCCACCUGAUUCUGUGCUUCCACCCCCACCCUGGCUCCUGGCGCGCUUUUAGGCCCUCUCGGUUUCCACGUCUUUGAGCAGAAACCAUCGUCUGUUUUGAAACCCUUACUUGGAGCCCGGAGUGCUACAAAAAUCCAAGCACCGUCAGGAUCUCAAGCGCCUCUGGCAUUGGAGUUCUUACCUGGACCUGGAUGGCUGGGGCAGUUUCAUUGAGCACUCUCGGCGUGGACAGCUCCUGCAUUCUGGGCGCUUCCUCUGCAGUGAGCCGCGGGAGAGCCACAGAGCCCGGCGCAGCACGCGACUGACCCGCGCUCGCUCCUCCCUGUCCGCGCUCCCCCCCACCCCGCCUUAGAUCACUCUACCGGGCACUUUGAGGGAUUUCCUCCCGGGGCGGCUUUUGCAGCAGCAACACAUCUGCCUGGUUGGCGGCAACUGCGAGCAUGGAUCUCCGAGGAAGAACCCUUCUCAGUGGAGACAGACUUCGGAUUCUCCUGAUGCUCUUCCAUGCAAUGGCCCAAACCGUGGCAGAACAAGAAGUGGAAAAUCUUUCGGGCCUUUCCACGAACCCCGGGAAAGACAUAUUUGUGGUGCGGGAAAAUGGGACGACGUGUCUCAUGGCAGAGUUUGCAGCCAAAUUUAUUGUACCUUAUGAUGUGUGGGCCAACAAUUACGUGGAUCUGAUCACAGAACAGGCUGAGAUCGCCUUGACCAGGGGAGCUGAGGUGAAUGGCCGCUGUGGCCACAACGAGUCGGAGCUGCAGGUGUUCUGGGUAGAUCGCGCCUACACACUCAAAAUGCUAUUUGUAAAGGAAAGUCACAACACUUCCAAAGGACCAGAGGCGACUUGGAGGCUGAGCAAGGUGCAGUUUGUCUAUGAUACCUUAGAGAAGACUCACUUUAAAGACCCAGUGAGUGCUGGGAAGCACACAGCCAACUCUCAUCACCUCGCUGCCUUGGUAACCCCAGCUGGGAUGUCCUAUGAAUGUCAGGCUCAACAGUCCAUUUCUCUGACCUCCAGUGAUCCUCAGAAAACUGUCACCAUGAUUCUGUCUGCAGUGCACAUCCAACCCUUUGACAUCAUCUCUGAUUUUGUCUUCAGUGAAGAGCAUAAAUGUCCAGUGGAUGAGCGAGAGCAGUUGGAAGAGACCUUGCCCCUGAUUCUGGGUCUCAUCUUGGGCCUUGUCAUUGUGAUAACACUUGUGAUCUACCACAUCCACCAUAAAAUGACUGCCAACCAGGUGCAGAUCCCCAGAGACCGAUCCCAGUAUAAGCACAUGGGCUAAGGACCAUUAGGCAGACAGCCUCCAGGUCCUGCUCCCCCAAACUGGAACAACUGGAACAACAAUGGCACUUUUCACCUGUAUACAGGAUACACCAACAUAGCUACACUCCAACAGGCCUGGGCACCUGAGUCUUGCUUGGCCUGUGUCCACGCUUAAACCCAGGGAUGGCGGGCAGGUCUUGGGAUUUGUGGAUUGAAUGGUGACUAUUGUUCCAUGCUGGGGAUGAAGUGGGGGUGGGUGGGGUGGGUAAUAGACAGCUUUCAUGCUCAUGGUAGCUUAGCUUUGACUCUCUGACUUUGUAAGUCUACAUCACCCAGAAAGGAAGAGAUGGCCCUUAUAUUUAGAAACUGGAAACCCUUCAUUUGGGAGACCUCUAUUUGCUCCCUUGGCCUCAGCUGGUUUACUUACAUGGUUUUCUUUGUUAUCUUUCUUUUUAUUUAAUA